AUGAGUUCAAGCUCCUAGAAAACAGCAUCACCUUUUGUCUCGAGAUCGAACAGUAUGUCUGAUGAGGACAAUGCAGAUCUUAAUAAGAGUACUAACAUAAAGAGCGCUAGGAAAUCAGGCUCCAAUAGCGCUUCAAGGAUGAACCGUUAAAAAGCAAAAACACAAAUGAUAUCAAACAAAAGUAACAAUAAAGAUCUUCAAACAGCCCCAUCAAUUGGCUCAACCUAGGAAUAAAACCCUGAUGAAAACCCUCCCCCUUAAAAUGAAGAAGAAAAAUCUAAGACAGCUAAAAAGCAACCAAAACUAACAUUGAAAAGGCAAAUGACCUAGAAAAGAUAAAGUUAAGUUAUAGGAAUUUCUUCAACUAAACCAGCCCCAAGAAAGAGCAUGUCGAUUCAAAUAGAUUCUCCAUUAACGAACCUUGCACAAUAGGCUAGUGGAAGAAAUUCUCUCACUCAAAUUAAAAAUAAUGCAAAUAAUUCUGCAGGUAGAUAAAGCGUCAUGGUCACUUAAAUUAAAACAGGGUCUGAUAAUGGUAAUAAUAAGCACAAAAGUUUGGGGGGAGCCCUUACAAUUGAAGAACUUUCAGAGAAAGAUAGCGAUGAGGAGUCAUCUAGGUACAAUAAGAAUGAAACCAUUUAGGAGGAUGAUGAUGAGGAAGAUAACCCAUUCAAGGAUUAUGAAAAUGAUGAAUUAUUCAAGAAGGUUUGUGCUAUUGCUGAUAAAAUUACUCAAUAAAAUCCAAGUGAAGCAGAUCAAAUGGAAAUUGUAAAUUACCUAAAGCAACUUCCGUAAUUUGAAGGUAGAUUUGAUCACUUGAAUAAAAAUCUUACAAAGAAGUUAAUCGAUUGCUUUGAAAUCAGAUUUAUGGAGAGAGGUGAGUAUCUAUUUAGAAAGAAUGAUAAGCCAGAUUAUGCAUAUGUCAUUUUAUAUGGAAGUGUUAUAUGUCUCAAUGUCAAAUCAUCGACCUAUAUAAUUGGCUAAGAGCCUCAAAGUCCCAUGAUCGAAGUUCAAAAGAAGGAGUCUGUCAAUGUUUCAACCCUAAAUCCAGAAGCUCUAAAGAAAUACCAAGAGGAGUAAAAAGAAAAGGAGUUAUUGGCAAAUAGAAGAAGAAAGAUUUAUAAAGAUAAUUUUGUAACAGUAGAGGAAGAAUUUAAAGUUGUUGAAUUAGGAGUUGGUAUUAUGAUAGGUGAAGUAGCUAUGAUGGAUAAAAAUGGAGUGAGAGCCCUUUCAGGGAUGGCAAAGAAUGAUAGCAUAUUUUUGCUUCUAAACAGAGAAGCUUUUGAUGUUCUUGUGAAGGAAAGAGAAAAAAAGGAAAAUGAAGUAUUGACAUAGUUUAUAUUUGAUUCUGUUCCUAAGAUCAGAGAUUUAUUCUAAUUCAAAAAAGUUGUUAAAACAGUCAAGAUUAACUUUAAGCAUGAGAAGCAUCUCCGAGGAAAGGAAAUUAUAAAGGAGGGAUAAAAGAGUGAUAGACUUUACAUCAUAAAAGAAGGCAUGUGCGCCAUGUAUAAAACGAUUGAAUUGAAAGAUAUGCUUGGAAUGCCUAAAAUAAAACAAGAAAAGAUAAUGAAUAUUGAAACUUGUGGUAUAUUUGGAGAGGAGUCAUUGAUCUUUGAUUCAGAGAGUACUUAUACUAUAAAAUCAAUAACCCCUGUUACAAUGGUAUACAUUACCUACAAUGACUUGAAGAGAGAAUUUAAGCGUCUUCUUCCAUCUCUCGGAGAAUUCUGUCAAAAACGUUUGAAUUUUAUUCUAGAACGCUACUAAAAGAUAAAGAAUGCUAGAAACUAUGAGCGCAAGCAUUUCAAUUCAAAAAUAGAAAAGGGAUCAAUGAAUGUUUUUCUUCAACGUGAUUUUAAAAAUUAGAUAGACUUUGCAGAUAAUAGAACAAAGCGUAAGCUCUAAGUCUUCUUCCUAAGGAAAGAGCUUCAGCAGCUUUAGGAUGCUAAGUAACGUCUAAAUGAAGAAAUGGAGCGUGAAAAGCAAGAACUAACAAAUAUUCAUACUAACCUAACAAAUCAAAAUACUAGCCGUUUCGUCCCAUAAAUGAUUGAAACACCACAGCUGUAGUAUGUAAACAAAGUACUAUUUCCUUAGAGAAUUAAAUAGUAGUAGGAUUAAGGUUAGGGUGGAAGUAUGCGCUCUAUUAAAUAAACUAUGAAUAUCGAUUUUAACAAAAGAUAAUCCAUAAUCCUAGCACCUAAAAUGUUAAAUAGCCAAAGCACUUAAAGUCUGAUAACUCCAACUAAGCAAAUAGUAAGUUUAUUAUUUUCUCAAAUCUUAUCAAUUUUAUAGCUCGCCUAAUCCAUGUAGAAUCCAAUCUAACCAAAUAGUCCAUAAGUUUAAAUAAUUUAAAACCAUCAGUAUCAAUAAUACUCCUUGAAAAAUAAAAGAACACUAUCAUAAAUUCAUGGUGGACCAAAUAACAACUAAUUUUUCAUGACAAAUGACAAUCGCUAUAACAACUCUUCAUAGUCUAAUUUAAAUAUCAAUCAAAAUGGUAAAAAAAAUAAUGAUCAUAACGCUGGAAUUGAUCAUUUGAUUAAAAUAACGUCUUUAGACACUGACGAAGAUGGCCCUAGUGCAAGAUUUACAGGUAUGAGUGCUUAAAAUAAACCACCAGUGAGAAUGAGAGCUGCUAGUACUCUCUCAGGACCCAUGAAAAGCAAUUAGGGCACUACUAUAACUCCAAGUACGAGUAUAUCAAUAAAAGGAUCAAAUAUAUAAUCUGAAGCAUCCAAGAACCAUUUUUUUGAUAAAAGAAAUAUUAAUGUUAAAAAUUGA